AUGUCUAAACACAAUCUAGUGGCUCAAUCUAAGAUUACAUUGCCUACUACUAGAUACGGGGAAGAAGAUUGCAAGAUAUUGGGAUCAAUCAACAAUCAUUCAAAAUUUAGUUACUUGAAGAUUAUUAAAGAAAUCCUCUCUAACUCGUUAUUCAGUAGGCUGGAAACUACUUUUCUUGGCCCAAUCAUCAAAGCGGGUUUAAGAAAAGCAGGUGGUAAUCAAAAAGGACCUAAUGGCUUGGGUUUUUCUGGUCAGUUGGUUCGCUUUCUGGUAGUAAGACAACUUGUGUCGUCAAGGGAAGACGGGAUUUGGUUUUGCAUCAACAACAAGCCGAUGAGAUUCUCAUUGACUGAGUUUCAUCUUGUCACGGGAUUACCAUGCUGGAUAAAAGAAGAUGAAGUCCCAGUAGAUUUUGAGUGUGAUUGGCCUUUGUUGCCUGACAAACCCCCUAUAAAGGUGGAUGAUUAUAUAGCACAAUUGAAGGUCUUGGAUGAUGAGGAAAGCAAGGCACGACUUGCUAUAUUGAUUGUUAUUUUGACCGUCUUCAUGCGGCCAAAUGGCAUUACAAAAUACUCGAUUCUAAAGGAGUAUUUGGCCAAUGCGAAAAAGAAUAUCUAUGCGUACCCCUAGGGAAAAAAUACGCAUUUGACAUGCUGGUGUUGUCGGUAAAGGAUGAUGAUAAGAAGAAAAAUCUUGCAAAGAUUUAUCUUAAAGGAUUUCCCAUGGCAUUGCAGCUAUGGCUGUUGGGAUAUGUGUCAGAAUUAAAAGAGGCUUAUGCUCGGCUCGAUGACAAAUCAGAUCGGUUUCCUGUUUGUGCGA